ACGUGAGCAUCCAGACGAUGCCUUCACUGUCAGAUCGUCUGCAGGUGGAGAACAGAAGAGAAGGCUGGGAGACGGCAACAUGGUCGCUCUGAGGCUGGUCGCCUUCAGCUUGCUGGCUGCAGUCUUCUAUUUCACUCCAGCUGCUGAGGGCGAGGUCGUCUACGCGUGUCUCAAUGAAACGGUUCACAUGGCCUGUGAUGUCGACCAUAAGAUCACCCUGAAGCACAUCCUGUACAAGGUCGGCAUCGGGACGAGGUGUGGGGAGGGGAAACCUCACCCCGAAGACGGGCCGGACAACUACUGCUCGUUCCCCUGGGCAGAGAUGGUGGUGGAGGAUCUCUGUGGGAACAAAAGGUCCUGUGAAGUUCCUGUCACUGAGCGGGUGUUUGGGGAGUAUCCGUGUCUGGAGCAGACCAGGUACCUGGAGGUGUCCUACGCCUGCAUCAAACCAACUCCUCCACCUCCACCGCCUGCUCCACUCAAACCUGAGUGUGAAGAGAAAGAAGCAAACGAAGCCUGACGCAUUCAACCCGUGAACACAUGAGACUCACCUGUGCUGAGACCACAGAAGAUAUUUUGCUUUAAAACAUCACAUGUCUCUCUUUAGCAACCUAAAAUCCUCUUAUGGCCUGUUUAACUGUCACUAGAGGUUAGUUUAAAAUGUUUUCAUAUCUUUACUUCAAAAGGAUUUAGAGUCAGCUGAAUAAAUAUUGGCUUCUAGAUGUAUUAAAAUAUGAAAAUGCC